AUGGGCUCCUAUACGCCGGUCCACGACCAGACCGUGCACACAGUCCACAUCCCAGAAGAUGUCCGCGUUUCAGGCAAACCAACCCUGGACAUCAUCGCCGAGGGCGUCUCCUUUCUCCACAAGGACGGUAUCAUCGUGCUCGACAACGCCAUCGACGUCGCCCACAUCGACACUCUCAACGACAAACUCUCGCCCGAGGCGCUCGAAAUCGCCAACGACCCAGAGCACCACUUCAACUUCGGCAAGCACACGCGGAACAUGGACCAGGCGCCGCCCCCGACCCGCGAAUUGAUGUUCAAGGACGUUUGGUGCAACCCCUUCGCCGCCGCGAUCCUGUCCGCCGUGAUCGGCCCCAAGCCUGUCAUUCACUAUGCCAACGGGAACACGGCACUGAAGGCGGACCCCAAGGGCCGACAGCCCGUACACUCCGACUGCGAAUUUGCCCACCCGGCGUACUUUCCCUUCGCAUACGUCAUCAACAUCAACCUGGUGGACGUGACGCCUCGCAAUGGCGGCACCGAGGUCUGGGUCGGCAGCCACCACGUGAGUGUCCACGAGACGCAUAAUCGGUAUUCAGGACACGGGGACCGCGAUGGACAAGACGUCCAAGGCAGCGACGGUGACGGCGACGUUGAUGGCGAAGGCGAAGGCGAGGGCCUCUUGACCAUCAAGUCGCGAUACUUGGACGACCGGCGCAAACACUCGCCCCCAAUCCAGAUCUCCACCAAGAAGGGCAGCCUGAUCAUCCGCGACCUCCGCCUCUGGCACGCGGGGAUGCCCAACCUGACGGACGAGCCGCGGAUCAUGCUGGCGUUCGUGGCCUCGCCGAACUGGUGGCAGGGCCGGUCGAAGAUCGCCCUCCCCGCGGACGUGAAGGACAUGGUGGAGCAGUGGGCCCGCGAGGAACACAGUCUAUUGUACGACGCGGAGUGGAUCGAGGGUGAAGUUAACUACAAGAAGUUGAGCAGCGGGGGCGUGGACUUUGAUACCAAGAGCGCGGUGCUGGAGCGGUAUAAGCCCGAGUUGAGUGUCUGGCCGGAGUAUCGGCCUAGGUGGUAUUGA